AUGGAAUUAUUUUGUGAAUUUACAGACUUUACAUUUACUCAUGGUGAAAAAUCCUACGGCUGUUGGAUAAGAAACCAAGAAAUUCCAGCAGAUCAAGUCAUUCAAAUAGCCACAAACCAUGAAGAUCAAAAAUCCAACAAUGACGUCCGUCAUGUCAAAUUUGACAAGUGCAUAGUCACGAAAGUCCCCCAAGGACUGACAAAAAUCUUCCCUAACCUCAAAAUUUUGGAUAUUUAUGACUCAAGAUUGAAGACAAUCAGCAAGGAUGACUUGAUUGAGUACAAAAAUAUCGAGAAAUUCCUUUGUGAGAGGAACGACCUUGAGUUCCUGCCUGGCGACUUGUUUGAGGAUUUUAAAAAUUUAAAUUGGAUUGAUUUUUAUGGGAAUCAAUUGAAGGUUAUUGAACCUAAUAUUUUGGACAGUCUAGAAGUUGUAAAGCAUGCAAUUUUCGGCGGAAAUCCUAAUUAUGACAAAUGUUACUCAAUUUAUCCAAUUUACAAUCCCAAUGCGACUCUUGAAAAAGUCAAGUAUCAAAUUUUUGAAAAGUUUUUCUCAUCCGACCAACAAAAAAUUCAAGAAUUUAUGAACAAAUUCGACAAUCCAAGUAAAAUGUUGAAAAUUUACGACGCAAAAGCGAAAACUGUCGUGGCAAAGUCAAACAUUUUGGACCUCAAAUUCAGCAUGCUGGAGGAAAAAUUAGAAAAAUUAUCGCAAGAUUUAGAAAAUGAGAAAAUGAAGAAACUUGACAUGGCAAAGAACUUCCAAGAACAAAUUGACUAUCUCGCUUUAAAGCUCCAAUCUGGACUCUCUGUCGACAUUAAAACCUACAUUUUGGAAGAAUCUACAAAAGACUUUAAGAUUAUCAUCGGUUCUCAUGAAUUCACAGUCCACAAGUUCCUGCUCGCAGCUCGAAGUCCAACUCUAGCUGAAUUACUGAAAAGCAACCCUGAAGCUGACAAUUUGAAGCUUUCAGACGUGUCUGCUGAUAAUUUUGAGAUAAUUCUCAAAUUUCUCUACACUGAUGAACUUCCAGGUGACGAACGCACCGACUCCAUGCUCCUUUUUGCAGCAGCUGGUAAGCUGAAGAUCCAGGAACUAAAAAACCACGCAGCAGAGAAAGUUAUUAGUCAAAUUGAUGAAGACAAUGCCCUUAAGAUUCUAUAUGAAGCAAGUAAGUAUGAGCAUGACAAGCUAGCGCAAGCAGCAUUUGAAAAGAUCAAAAAAAAGUAUCCAAGAAUGCAUUUUAAAGACAAGUGGAUGAAGCAGCCUGAAAAGUUACAAAAAAUUCUUGAACCACCUAAAACUUUAGAAAUGGCUGUUUUGUGUGAAUUUACAAACCAAACAUUUCCGCACGGUGAACAAUUUUAUGCCUGUGAAGUCAAGAACCAGAUUAUACCCGAAAAUAAGGACGUAAAGCUAAUUGAAAGCUUCCAAAAUGUUAAAAUAAAUGAUGAUGUUCAUGGUGUGAAGUUCAGCAACUGCACAAUCAACAAGAUUCCAUCAGGACUCACUAAACUCUUCCCAAACAUGAAGUUUCUCAUCAUUAUAAGCUCAAAGUUGAAGAGCAUAUCCAAAAAUGACUUGACUGAAUACAAAAGCUUAGAGAAAUUCAUCUGUGAAGGAAAUGACGUUGAAUUCCUGCCUGGUGACUUGUUUGAAGGAUUCUCGAACUUAGUAUUCAUCUCGUUCUCAAUGAACAAGUUAAACGACAUCGAAGCUAACAUCCUGGAUCAACUUCCAAACCUCAAACAUGUUAAUUUCAAGAAUAACCCAAAAUACAGCAAAGCCUUCUCAAUUUAUCCAGUGUAUAAAGCAAAUGCAACCCUUGAUGACGUCAUGAGCCAAUUAUUUGAAAAAUUCUACACAAAAAUCGAGAAUGUCAAGAAAAUGAUGCAAAAGUAUGAACAGGAAAUCCAACAAUUGAAGAAUCCUGGAGGAAAUUUACUCAAAUUUUCAGCGCCAUCAACAGUUGCAGAGUCUGAAUAUCAAAAGCUCGUCCAUAGACUCCAAACUGGAAUCUUCGGUGACCUGGAAGCUUAUAUCCUUGACGAAAAAUCAAAGGACUUCAAAGUCAUCAUUGGUUCUCAAGAAUUCCCAGUCCACAAGUUUCUGCUUGCCGCGCGCAGUUCAACUUUGGCUGAAUUGCUGAAAAACAACCCUGAAGCUGAGAAUUUAAAACUUUUGGAUUUGUCUGCUGAGAUUUUUGGUAAAAUUCUUAAAUUUCUCUACACUGAUGAACUUCCAGGUGACGAUGGGACAGACUUUUUGGAAAUCUUUGCUGCAGCUGGGAAGCUGAAGAUUCAGGAAUUGAAGAACUUUGCAGCAGGGAAGAUUUUUGACCAACUGAAUGAAGAAAAUGCCUUUGAGAUCCUUAAACAAAGCAACAAGUAUCAAAUUUUUGAAUUGAGGGACAAAGCUUUCCAGAUGAUCAAGAAUAAGCACCCAAACAUUGAGAUAAAGGAUGAAUGGGCAAGUGAGCCUGAAAAGUUGUUCAAAAUUGUUCAAAACACAAAAAUGAAGGAAGAAGCAAAGCGUAAAUAUGAAGAAGAAAUACGCAAGCUUGAUGAGCAGUUUGAACAUUCAAUGAUAAAAUGA